AUGUGCGACGCGGCGGCGGGACGAGGAGGCGGUGAUGCGUGGUGCAUGGGAUUGGAACGGUCGAGCGCGUUCGCAAGACAUCGGCGAUGGUGGCGAAGGUUGAGCGAGGAAUACGAGGAUGGGCGACAUCCGUAUUGGUUGAGUGAGUACAUGGAGUUUGAUAUGAGCAAGGGGGAGAUCGAUCCGACGGCGAGCGUGUUUCUGGAGCACUUGCCGGAGAACACGGGGCGUCACGACGAGUACGUCCCGGCGUUGCGCGAAUACUUUAAAGCCAUCGAAGCGCGCGUGCCGCCGAGGUUGUAUGACAACGUGCAGCGGAUAAUGUUCAGUCGUUCAGUCGCGGCAAAAGAUGAUGGCAAAAUUGACAGCGUGCGGUUGUUGAUUCAUUUCAAUCGCCACGACAAAGAAGCGACGAAGGAGGGCGAUGAAGAUGAUGACGACGGGUACAGGAGCGAGAAGACUCGUCAAAUGGUGCAGUUCCUCGAGAUUUUGCAUUGGGACGGAGACUUCGACGAGUUCGAUCGCAUCGACGAUUAUUUCUUGGACGACGGCGGCGUCGGAUCCGUCCUGCAAGUCGACGUUCUCUCUCGAGCGCCGACGGAUAACGCGCCCUCCAUCAUAGGCUCGCGCGUGGGCGUCGAAAUCACCGUCGGUACCGUCCACGGCAGACCGCCUACCGACGCGGCAAACGCAUUCUCCGUACUACGUCGUCCGUGUGUCGUCAAGCGCCGCACGGCCGCGGAUAAGCGUGAAUUGCGCAAACCCGACGGCUCGGGAUUGCUUCCCAUGCUCGCCAUCGCCGCGAGCCACGUCAAAUUCAUCGUCCAGCCCGGUCGGCCUCUGUACGCGAAGACCGAACGCCUGACGAGCAUCUUGAGCAACGCCGAGUGGGUCACGCGACGGAACGAGCGCGGUGGUGAUCAUUACAUCGCGCGCGAACGCGUCGGACGCGAGUCGAGGGAUGACUCGACGAAGUCUGUGUGGACGGGGUCGCUGUCGAUGAGUCGACGAGGUCGACCGCUGGCGAACGAGACGCGACCGAACGAAACAGUGGACGAAACCGUCGGCACGGCGAUGAAAUCGACGUUUGGAAGCGGAAAUCUAGAAUACAUAGGAGCGAGCUCGGCGCAGGCGAGCGAUGCGGAUGUGUCUGAUGGGGAAGAGCGAGUGCCUUCGACGUCGACGAGACUGGCGGGACGGACGAGUCAAACGAUCGAUGAUUUAAGUAAUUUAGUGCAGUCGAGGACGAUCACAUGCCAGUUAGUGGCGCAAGCGCCACCUACGGGGGCGAAUAUUCCAGGGACGGCGCGGGGCGAGGGAUUCGCGCGGGCGAGCGCGGCGGGGAACGCGCUGCCAGAAAUAGUGCACGCCGAGUGCGUGGCGCCCGGGGACGAUGAUUGGCCGGAUGUUUGGGAUCCCAUAGCGUUGUUGCGACUGUAUCCACUCUCAGCGCAUCACGUGACGCCGUUUCAUCAGAUACACGCUACGUUGACGGAUUGCAGAGAUGAUGCGGCGAAGGACGCCGAGGGCGGAGAACCCGUGCCAGCGGCGGCGCGCAUGGACCUUCCGGAUGGUUACGUCGUCUUUAUCGUUUCCGACACGGGCUUGCCAGAUAUCGUGCGCGAUGCCGUGGGGCCGACGAGUGGGAGCACGAAACGUAAGACGGAUGAGUCGAAGAAACCAAAGCCGUUGUGGGCGAUCAUUCAAAGCAUCGUUCCGCUCGUCGCGCCGCAGCCGCCGGCUUCGGUGCCCACGCCAGACUUGAAACCGACGCGUGGGAUCCUUCGGGGUUGGGUACCGCCGCCGAAAGAACCGGCGAUUGACGAAACGAACAACAUGGGUCUCGGGCACGCGGCGGAAGAGCAGGAGGGCGUGCGUAUGCCCGAGGAACUCUCGGGUGUACACCCAGCCGCGGAGACAACGGACGAAGAGAAAUCUUUGAGUUCGGCGCACGAGAUGACGAGUGGAGUCGAACGCGAGGGUAUGGGCACCGUGACUCCGGUUGUGAGCGAAGAAACGAGCGAGUUAACGUCGGGCACAUCUGAGAUAGAUAGAGUGACGAUCAAGAUUGGCGGCGAUGACGAACUAGACGACUGGCUUUCGCCGCCGCUCGCGCGGCGUAAACGUAAGUCUAUCGCCGGCCCAUCGUCUGGAUCUGGGUCUGAUGGCGAAAACUCUGACGACUCAUCCGGGCGCGAAUUUGCCAAACUGAAACGCACAGCGACGUCGCCGACGGCGUCGCCGAGCUCGUCUGAAGGCGAAGAAGACAGAGUUCCGAUGGAGGGUCAACACGAGAUUCCGACGAGCGCGGCAGCGAUCGCGCAAGUCAUCUCGCCCGAACAACGCGUACCGUGCAUUCCUCUCACUGGCUUGCGUUAUAUGCUCCUAGGAUUCGAAGUCAAUCACCCGCAUGUGGUUUUCUUGAUCAAGUCACUCGCCGACGAGGGCGCCGUGUACGUGAGCGACGCAAAGCCAGAAGAAGUCGACUUGAUCGUCGUUCACCCGCCAUUUUUGCAGCUCUUAUCCGCGCCUCAGUUUCCAGUGCACGUUUCAGAUUUCAUUAGAACCAGGCACACUCGGUUUGCGCUCGGCUUGCGCCAUCUGGAACUUUGCUUGGAGUACAAGCGCAGGCUUGAUCCGCGACUUGAAACCGCAGAGGUUUUCCCCGAAGGUGUCCUGGUUGUCAUGGACGAUAGUGCGUUGACGAAUGACGAAGACGCUUUACAUCGAGUUGUACGCCUACUCGCGCAAGCUGCCGCGGCAAGCGCUGCCGCUGCCGCGGCGAAAGGCAUAUUUCACUACGGACAAGACGGGAAUCGCGAGAAUCCACCUUGGCCGUGGGCUAUUAAAGUCGCCAACAGCACGAUCCAGAAGCUCAUGAUGACCAAGCUACGUACGAUGCAAACUAACACGGAGAAGGCGUGGAAGAUUGAGACUAUGAUCAAGGCCUUGCACGCGUACAAGCACGCUGGCGAUCGAGCUGGAAGAGGCGCGAGAGUGAUGGGUAUUACGUGGGAGGAAGCGUCGCACCAGCCCGUGGAAGAUCCACCGCAAGCGGUGCGCGAUGCGGUCAAAAUAGCUUCGCGUCACGUAUCUAUGUGUCGGGCUGUGUUUUUAGUGAGCGAAGACCCGAAGACACUCGCCGCGGCGAAAGGGCACACGAGCAUCCUGUCUGGCUCUGCGAACGACGCCUGCGACUUUUUGACGCAACUCGUUCGCGAGAUGUGGGCAGAGACCAAAGCGGCGCGAACGGGCAUGAACGUGCACGACAGUAAUUUGCGUAAAGCAAUGUCGGUGAGCGAACCUUCCGCGAGCGAAGUCGUCUCCGAUGCGCAGCACUCGAUGAAGCUAGCGGACGUCGAGGACGAAGUCACCGGCGGCGGUCUCGGGCAAAAGCUAACAACGAAAAAAGUUGUCAAGUUCCCUACCAUGAUCGAUGACGGUGGUCAAAGCACGCGCAGUCGCGGUCGAUAUAGUCCGCCGCCUUCGCCCACGCGCACGAACUCCGGACGCACGGGCGAAGAUACGAGUAAAGAUACGAGUAAGACGUCGACGGGCGACGCCCCGACCGACGGCGAAGAAACCGCGCAGUCGCCCAUCGUGACGCCUCAUAAGAAGCUUUGGCGACGUCGGCGAGUGUGA